AAGCAAACGUGCAUGUGCAGAGGUCUUUUCAAUGCUUUCAUUACUGGGUGACAUGUUUGUGGUGGUAGCAACUGGCACACGCAACACAAGACGCAGAGAAACAAGCCGCUGAUCCCUCCCUGCAUCUGAGCUCUCCUUUCUUCUCCUCUUUUCCUGGUUGUGUCAUCCACUUCGGUGCUCACCUUCACGGCGCACUUUCUCACCAGGACCAAGCCUGGAGAUCCAUUCAUGGAGCUCGUGGAAGGGAAGAAGGCCUCCUGCAAGAAACUCCUCACCUUCCUGCUCUUCAGCUUCAUCUUCAGCUCCUGGUUCUUUGUUUCUGUUCGUCAGUUCAGGACUUCUGGGCCAGAGCAUCACAGUUCCAUUCCCUCUCCACAAACAGCCCAUGCUGGAGACAGCAGCACCCCACCGAAGGGUGAACGCAGGCUGACCAUCCUGCUGUGGAAGUGGCCCUUUGGGCACCACUUUAACUUCAUCAACUGCUCGAAGCUCUACCGCACCCCAGAUUGCCACUUCACCGUCAACCGCAGCUGGUCCCAAAAGGCCGAUGCUGUGAUUAUGCACCACAGGGACGUGUGCGGGGACAAGGAGAGGCUGGCCCAGCUCCCCAGGCUCCCUUCCCAGCGCUGGAUCUGGUUCAACCUGGAGUCCCCAAGUCACUCUCCAAACUUAGACGCCAUGGACAACCUAUUCAACCUGACCAUGUCUUACCGGAGAGACUCGGACAUCUUCACCCCUUAUGGGGAGCUACAGCUCCUUGGCCAGCCCCAGCCCCUCAGCAUCCCACCCAAGACCAAGCUGGUGGCCUGGGUAGUCAGCAACUGGAGAGCAGGCUCCCACCGGGUAAAGUACUACCAGGAGCUGAAGAAACACAUCGCUGUGGACGUCUAUGGGCAACAUCACUUGCCCCUGCCCUGGGACAAGCUCCUUCCCACCGUGUCCCAGUACAACUUCUACCUGGCUUUCGAGAACUCGCGGCAUGAAGACUACAUCACCGAGAAGCUCUGGAGGAAUGCCCUGUCCUCCGGCACCGUCCCUGUUGUGCUGGGGCCUCCUCGAGAAAACUAUGAGCGCUUCUUGCCCCCUGACUCCUUCAUCCAUGUUGAUGACUUCGCCAGCGCUGGGGACCUGGCGCGGUACCUGUGGGAGCUGAGCGAGGACGCUGAGAGAUACCAGCGCUACUUCCAGUGGCGCAAGUGGUUGAAACCCGUGGUGGGGGCUGGCUGGGCCCUGCACGUCUGCAGAGCUUGUCACUUCUUGCAGACAACGGAGGUCGGGUACAGGGUUGUGCCCGAUCUGUCUGAGUGGUUUGUGUAACUGCUGUUUGCUCAGCUCUCUGCCCUGCUGCAAUCUCUUUGUCCUUGCUGGAGGGUUGCGAUUUCACAGGAUGAUUGAACUUGAUGGAAAGGGAGGGACAAGAGGAGCUUUGAAGCGAACAAGGACAAGGAAGCAAUUAGGUGUUUGUACGUCUUUGUCUUGCUGGAGAACAGACCGUCAGAUAGGGUAGUACGUUGGGUUUUUUGCUGAUCUAUUAGUUACCUGAACAACUUGUUACACUGGCUGCGGCUUGGUCUUUGGAGAACUUCACCUUCAGUCUCUGCAAACAAUUCUGGAUCAGCUCCACAGACUGGAGAGCCGAAGCAAGUGGCCAAGAGGGGAAGAAGAAACAGCCAUACUUAUUAUCAUAAAUCUGUUUCAAGGACUUUGUACUGUGCAAAGCUGCGGCUUGAAGGGGCGGCCACGCCACGAGGCCGCGAGGAACUGGCCGUGCUCCCCUCUCCCAGCCCCAGUCCUGCCCUUCCUCUGCCUCGGGCUCUCCCUGACCACCUUCGGGCUGCUGCGUCAGGAGCCUGAACAGGCUGAAAACAGCUCAGUUUAUUUUACGGGGCUGUUUUUUGCACAGGUUUGCGAGCCGGUGUGGGUUUGAGGAGGGGUCUGACAGCAGCAGGCUGGUGCAGGUAAGGUGUGGGGUGCUGAGGGCACCUCUGAAAGUUGUAGUGCCCGCAGCCCCCUGUGGCAAAGAGACGCUCAGGACCGGCACGUGAUGAGCUACCUCCUCCUCUGUGCCUCAAACAUCACAACUUCUGUUAUCGGCUGAUGCCUCUGGGCCACCUGUUUAUAAAGCAGUGGAUAAUCGGCCUUUCUUGAGCUUCUUGCUGCUGUUCAGGUCGUAUCGCUGGAAGCUGUUGCCUUUUCAGGUUGGGGAGCCCCAUUGCAUGGACACAGCCGUGCCCUCCCAGGCUCCCUGCCGGUACCUCUGGACAUCAGCUUGUUUUCCUGACCACUACUGAUCCCUGAGCUGAGCUUUUCAAAGGUCUGUCCUGACCCCAGGAUGUUUCCAUGAGGAAAAUCGGCUCCGAGUCCAGCAGAGCAUACAGAGAUGCAAUUGUUUUCUCCAUCAGCAGCAUUUAGCAAACAUUUCCAAAGAAUUCCCUCUGCGUUUCCUCCUGCAGUCAUUCCGUACAAAGACCACCAGCAAGAUCUUGUCUUUAGCAUUGCGAGUCCCUUAUUUUCAUUAGCAACAUUUGCCACUUUUGCUUUUUCCCUGCUUUGCAGAGUGGUUUGAAUACGUUGGUCAGCACAAGCCUAAGAACAAAUCCUUCCCUCUGAAAGCUGAACCUUUAUCCCUCCCUUGCCUUCCCUGUCCUUACAGUACCUGUGUAGGUGGGACCUUCCUGAGGCCGCUUAGUUCCUUGACGAACUUGCUGGACCCUAGCG